AUUGCAUACAACGAUCAUACAACACAAGUACAACUAAUCUAUAUACUAACAAAAUUGUCUUUGCUAACAAUGAUUUGAUUCUUUGUUACAAUGUCGAAGGCAAAAGUAUCCGCGGAAUGGAGAAAGCGCGUAAAGUCCGAAUACAUGCGUCUACGACAAAUGAAACGCUAUAAACGGGCAGACGAGGUCAAGAUAGCUUGGAAUCAGAAUCGUAAGGUUAUGUCUGAGCUGUUAACGGUUGAACAAAAACGAUGGACGGAUGGAAAGGCGAUGUGGCUGGCUAUGCAAGAUAUUCCACCUCAUGUUUCUUGCAUGAAAAAAGCGGAAGUUACUAGCUCUGAUGGAGAUAUACAAACAUGUCCUGUCAAAAUCAUUAACGCUGUCACUCCGAUACCAACCAUGUACACCUGGGCACCUAUACAGCAAAAUUUUAUGGUCGAAGAUGAGACAGUGCUACACAAUAUACCUUAUAUGGGGGAUGAAAUUUUAGAUCAGGAUGGUACAUUUAUCGAAGAGUUAAUAAAAAAUUACGAUGGAAAAGUUCAUGGAGACCGAGAAUCUGGUUUUAUGGAUGAUUCCAUAUUUGUGGAUCUGGUAAAUGCUUUAACGCAAUACGAAAAAGAAGAUAAGGAAAGAGAACAAACGAAAAAAGGAAAGGAUAAGGAAGAGGACAAAGAUAAGAAGGAUAACAAUAUUAAAACAGAGGUCAAAAUGGAAAAGUUAUUAGAAGAUGUUAAAAUGCAUGGGAAACCAUUUCCAUCUAUGCAUAUAUUCAAUGCGAUAUCCAGUAUGUUCCCUGACAAAGGCAGACCAGAAGAAUUAAAGGAAAAAUACAUAGAAUUAACGGAAAGAUCAGAUCCGAAUAUCCUGCCACCAGAGUGUACGCCAAAUAUCGACGGAGUAAACGCUAAGAGCGUACCGAGGGAACAAACUAUGCAUUCUUUUCACACACUUUUUUGCAGAAGGUGCUUCAAAUAUGACUGCUUUCUCCACCCAGCCAGGGGAUCAUCGCCGCAAGGUCUUCAAGUCUGUCAUCCGGGACCGAAUCUGCAAAAACGGAAGGGACCCGAUUUGAAACCAUUUUCUGAACCGUGUGGAACGGAAUGUUACAUGCACUUGGAAGGAAUGAAGGAGAAACUUGCAGCGCAAGCAGCUGAUGUAAAAGACGAGGAAAGUGACGAAAAACGCGGAGGUCCUAGAAAAGUACGGAAGCAAGCGAGUGUAGAUUCUGGGAAUGAAGCGAGUAGCGAAGAUAGCAAUGAUAGCAACAAGUAUAGUCAGGGGGGUGGUUGUCAAGAUUUCAAACAGAAUGUCAAUAAAGAAACAAAGCCAGAAGAGUCAAUGGAAGAUCAAACACAACCGGAAAAUCAAGUGCCGUUCAUGCUGCUGGGUCUCGAUAAACGUAUAAAAACAGAAAACGAACUUUCGUGGACUGGUUCAGAGCAAAGCUUGUUUCGAGCUCUUCACAAAGCCUUUCCCGGCAAUCCAUGUGCAUUAGCACAAAUAAUGUUGACGAAAACUUGUCAAGAAGUUUAUCAGUUUGCACAAAAAGAAGCUUCGGAUAUUCCUGCGAUCGAAAAUUUAAAGGACUUUACUCCGCCGCGAAAGAAAAAAAAGAAACAUCGGCUUUGGUCGAUGCAUUGCAGGAAGAUACAACUGAAGAAAGACUCUGGUGCUAAUCAUGUCCAUAAUUUUGCACCAUGCGACCAUCCAGGAAGACAAUGCGAUAACUCGUGUCCAUGUAUACAGGCUCAGAAUUUCUGUGAAAAGUUUUGUCAAUGCAGCAGCGAAUGCCAAAAUCGAUUCCCGGGAUGCAGGUGUAAAGCUCAAUGUAACACGAAACAAUGUCCGUGUUAUCUAGCCGUAAGGGAAUGCGAUCCAGAUCUUUGCCAGACGUGCGGUGCAGAUCAGUUUCACAUUACCAAAAUAUCCUGCAAGAAUGUUAGCGUUCAACGUGGUCUUCAUAAACAUCUUUUAAUGGCACCAUCCGACGUGGCUGGUUGGGGAAUAUUUCUUAAAGAAUCCGCAGGAAAGAACGAGUUUAUCUCGGAAUAUUGCGGUGAAAUUAUAAGUCAAGACGAAGCUGAUAGAAGGGGCAAAGUAUACGAUAAAUAUAUGUGCAGUUUUCUCUUCAAUCUUAACAAUGACUUUGUUGUGGACGCUACAAGAAAGGGAAAUAAAAUUAGAUUCGCAAAUCAUUCGAUAAAUCCUAAUUGUUAUGCAAAAGUGAUGAUGGUAAACGGUGAUCAUAGAAUUGGUAUUUUUGCCAAAAGAGCUAUUCAACCUGGCGAAGAAUUAUUUUUCGAUUACAGAUACGGACCAACGGAACAAUUAAAAUUCGUGGGUAUAGAACGUGAGAUGGAAUUUUUGUAAUGUAUACAAGACUUGAUACCGAACAUCGAUGAUAAUGUAACGUUAUAAAAGAUGUAUAAAUGUGUAAGAAUAUUGUACAAAUCGAACACGUACAUAUGUA